CAAAUAUAAUGAUUUGAGAAUUAAAUUCUGGAAAAUUAAAAUAUGAACCAAUAUAUUAAUAAAUUUAAUUAAAACAUAAUAAUUAGAAUCCGGAAUUUGAAGAUAUUAUUUCAUUUAAUAGUGCUGGCAAUGCCUUUAUAGUGAAGGAUUAAACUGGAUUAAGUGAUUUUGUGCUACCUAAAUAGUUCAAACAUCAAAACUUCAGUUCCUUUAUAAGAUAAUUGAAUAUGUAUGGUUUUAAAAAGAUAAGAAAUGUUAAUAAUCAGAAUCAAUUCAGUCAUCAUUAUUUUUUAAAAGGAAGAGAGUACUAAAUUUGAUUAGAAUAGAGAUCUACUUAACAAAAUCAUAAGAAAAAAUGGUGUUAUUUAGAGAUGCCAUUAUCUCAAAUAAUAAAAUAUUGCUAAGAAAGAAGUUACUCAAUUAUGUUCCAACUAUUCAGAAUUGAAGACAGACAUAGAAUAAAUUUAAAAAGAACUUAUAUAUUUUUAUUAACAAUUUGAUUAAGUUAAAAUUGUUAAUAUAAUUUCUUAGUUUUAAGGUACUCUCUCAACUUUGAUUGACUCCUCUAGACAAUAAAUUAGAGAGUUAAGCAUUAUUAAGAAUUAGAACUCUAUUUGUAAUGACUUACUUUUUUAAGUAUUGGCUAAUGUAUCUAAAUCAUAACCAGAAGAAAAAUAUCAUUGUAGUUACUCUAUUAAUUACUUUUAGUCCAAUAUCCAUUUACUAACUCUACCUAAUAAACUUAAACUACUAAAAGCAAUGGAAGCGAUAAAGAUGAAUUGAAUAAUGAUAAUGAAAAUAAUAAUAACUCAAGCAAAGAGGGUAAAAUUUAUAUUAUUGUUAUUUUUUUAAGAGACCAAUCACAGUUUUUAAAGUAACUCUUUUAGGGAACCCUAAUAAUAAAUAAAAUCAGAUUGAACCGAAAUUUGCAAAAAUAUAUAUAUCAAUAUGAAGCUAAAUUAUUUAUUUAAUAAUUAUUCUUCUUAAAUUUAAUUAUUAUCUUUGUUGAAUUAUUUUUACUCUAAAAAUUAGAUUUAAUUUAAAAAUAACUUAUUAAUUUAAAACAAAAUACACUCUAACAAUUUUAGUAAUAAAUAAUAUUGUAUUUAAUUAAAGAUAGUGCUUUGACAAACAAUGAAGAGACUUAGUAUAUAAUUUCUUGA